AUGCAGAGUCUCAGACCUGAGCAGAUCCGGGGGCUGCUGGAGCCCGAGAGGGCGAAGACGCUGCUGCCUCGGGAGAACAAGGCCUGGGAGAAGCGUGCUGCCUUUGCUGAGGACUGGGUGACCGUGGAGGUUGGGACCUCCAGCUGCGGCGGCGAGGAGAGAGACCUACCUUCUCCUGAGACUGUGCUUCCCCAGGAGUGGAGCUCGGUGGAGGAAGAUGAUGAGUCCGAGGACUCCCAGGGCUUUGUGGAGUGGUCGAAAGCUCCACAGCAAACGACCAUAGUCUUGGUAGUGUGUGUAAUCUUUCUGUUCCUGGUUUUAACUGGGAUGCCCAUGAUGUUUCACAUUUAA